AUCCCAUUUUACUAAGGAAGCCCGACCUUACCUAGUACCUUACACCUUACCUUACCCUUACCUAUCACAUCCAAAUAAGCUUCCCUAUCCUUUUCAUUCUUACUAAACUUCAGCUCUCUCUCGACGCACGAGAUGUGAUAUUGAAGUAAUUCCACGCAAUUGAAAAACUCUAUCUAAUUCUGUUCGUCUACCUCCGGAAAACAUUCACGAUAGCAUCACACGUCACCCGUCUCCACAUCCCACCAUCCCCGCCAGAACCGCCCGAGAAGGAAGAAGGCCGCACAACCCGAACAACCUCCACGAUAAAUAAAAAACCAAAACAAAAAAAAGAAAAAGAAGAACGCCAAAAUGGUAACAACCCGCUCCGCCAGCCGCGCCGCCUCCGUCGCGCCCUCCUCACCCCCCACCACCAGUACCGGCUCAUCCUCCUCCCGCUCCCGUUCGGCGUGGACGCACGCGCCGACGCGGACGACGCUGUUCUGGUUCGGGCUGUCGCUGCCCCUCGUGAUCUGGGACACGGGGUACGUGUUACUGCGGCCGCUGACGAUGGAGGGCGGGCCGCUGCACUACCCGCUGUACGCGCCGUACAAGCUGUACGGCGAGGUCGACCACGUGUACGGGUGGAAGGCGUUCCACGCGCGCAGCGGCUUCACCGCCGCCCAGGGCGCGCUGAACCUCGUCGAGACGCUCAUGUAUUUGUUUUAUGUCGCGACUUACCUCGGCAAGAGAGCCGCUGUUAAGGGGAGUACGACCAAGGCCUUGACGGGGAGACCGGCGGCGAUGGCGGUUUUGGUCGCGUUUAGUGCUGCGGUUAUGACGUUGAGUAAGACUGUGCUGUAUUGGCUCAACGAGUACUUCUCGGGCUUCGACAAUAUCGGCCAUAACAGCCUCCAAGACCUAAUUCUUUUGUGGAUCAUCCCGAACGGCCUGUGGCUCAUUUUCCCAACGUACAUGAUCUAUUCCAUGGGAGGCGAGAUUGUAGAAGGAUUAACGAAUGCGUCGGCUGGUGCGGCGAUCAAGUCCGAGUAGAGCAAGUGGGAAAGUGGUCAAUUGCAAUUUCACGUGGGCAGCAAGUCAAGGCGCAGACGAAAGCAAGCGUAUAUGUCAGUUACGAAGGGAUGAUCAGAUGUCACGAUCGAGGUUGUAAUAACGUGUAUACGAGUCCAAGCACAGGUUGUAAGAUUGAAAGAAUA